AUGUCUUGCUCAAUAAUUUUACCAAAUUUAAUUAAUUUCAUUAAUAACGACAAUAAUAAUAUUUUUGAAAAGAAUAAUGAAAUUCAAAAACAACAACAAGAAGAAGAGAAUAAAUCAAAUCAAGUUAAUAAUAUAUUAAAUUCAAUAAUUGAAUCUAAAUUUACAUCAUUAAAUCCAAAGUUAAAAAUUCAAGAAACACCAAAUCAAUAUCAAAUUAAAGCAUUAAUACCAUUAAAUUUUAAUAAAGAAGAAAUUAGUGUUAAUGUAAAAAAUAAUCGUUUAAUAAUUUCAGCAUUUAAAGAAAUUAAAUUUGAAAAUCAAGAAAAAACAAAAUUAACUAAAUUUGAAAAAUAUCAAAAAACAAUUAAUGUUAGUAAUAAAAAUUUAGAUUUCUCCUCAAUUAAAGCUCAAUUUAAAGAUAAUACUUUAACAAUUACUAUUUUUAAGCAAUCCUUUGAAAAAGAAAUUAAAAUUAAUAUUGAAUAA